AUAACGAACCCAUUUUGUAUUUUUUCACUUCAGCUCCGGUCGGUGUCCGCGAGACCUUUCUCGCCUCGCCUCGGCAUCCACAAUCUCCGUCCGCCACGCGUCCAGAAAAUACAUAAAAGAAAAAAACUUUCAAAACGAGGCUUUAGUCCGCGUUACGUUCAUCUCCCUCAGCUCGAAACCCACAUUAAAAAAAAAAAAAAAGAUCGCGGAGAGAGAGAGAUGAUUCGAUAUAUAAUCUUUUGAUUCCUUAGAAACCAAGAUAUUAUCCAAAUCAAGAGAAAUUCGAGCUCUUUCAGGGAUAAACUCAUGGCGACUGCAACUAUGGCUACUGCAGCAGCAGCUGCUGCUCUUUUAUACUAUACAUUGAACCGUAAGUUACAGUCAAGUACGUCUCGUGAUGAUGAUGAAAAUGAUAAUCUCAAUGGACCCAGUAAUGUUCCUUUGGGAAUUGAACGAGUAUCACAUAGGCUAAUUCAAGCCCCUGCCACAUGGUUGGAGACAAUCUCAACUUUGUCAGAGACACUUAGGUUUACUUACUCUGAGACACUAGGAAAGUGGCCCAUUGGUGACUUGGCAUUUGGGAUCAACUUUCUAUUAAAGAGGCAGGGGAACUUGCAUGUUGGCAGUGUAUUUGGCGGUAAAGAUAGCAUACAGCUGACAGGGUCAGAAAUAACAAGUGAACUCAGAUAUCAUUUAAGCUUGCUGACCCUGUGUUGGCAUUUCUCAAAAAAACCAUUUCCUUUAUUUUUGGAGGAGACAGGAUACACUGAAGAAGAUGUUCUUCUUCAAGAACCUAAAGCAGGGAUAUUGAAGCCAGCUUUUACAAUUUUAGUUGAUCACAAGACAAAACACUUUCUCUUACUUAUUCGUGGGACGCAUAGUAUCAAGGAUACUUUGACAGCUGCAACAGGAGCUGUCGUGCCAUUUCAUCAUUCUGUUGUGCAUGAAGGAGGAGUUAGCAACUUAGUUCUAGGUUAUGCACAUUGUGGGAUGGCUGCAGCUGCUAGGUGGAUUGCAAAACUUGCAACUCCUGUUCUUAAAAAGGCUCUUGGGCAAUAUCCUGAUUAUAAACUCAAGAUUGUAGGACACUCUUUGGGUGGAGGCACUGCUGCUCUUUUAACAUAUGUAUUGCGGGAGCAGAAGGAUUUAUCGAUGACUAGCUGUGUUACAUUCGCUCCAGCUGCUUGCAUGACAUGGGAAUUGGCUGAAUCAGGCAAUGAUUUUAUUACUUCUGUUAUAAAUGGAGCUGACUUAGUGCCUACAUUUUCAGCUGCUGCAGUAGAUGACUUGCGUGCAGAGGUGACGGCUUCUGCAUGGCUGAAUGAUUUGAGAAAUCAAAUUGAACGCACAAGAAUUCUUAGUACUGUUUAUCGUUCUGCAUCAGCUUUGGGUUCACGACUUCCAUCAAUUUCAAGUGCUAGAGCAAAAGUUGCUGGGGCAGGGGCUAUUCUGCGUCCAGUUUCUAAUAGUACUCGGGUUGUGAUGAAGAGGGCCCAGAGCAUGGCUCAGGCAGCUUGGACCACUCGUCCUUCCCUUCACCUGUCUUCAUGGUCAUGCAUUGGUCCACGUCAUCGAAAUACAACUGCAUGUUCCGACUCAGCAGAUGGAAGUUCCCCAACAUCUUCCUCCAGAUUAGAAACUUCUGAGCCUCUUUUAUCUCCCAAAAAUAGCACAAGGGAGACCAUUGAACUUCCUGUAAGUUCUGAAGAGGCAGAAUGGACAUCAGAAAUUGGAUAUUUUUCAGAUGAGAUGCCUAAACACAUUGAUGUAGAAGCUGAACUUGGUGGUGAGGAGUUUAGGAGUAAUUCACGUGAAGACCGAAUGAAUGAAGUUGAAUUGUGGCAACAACUUGAGCAUGAGCUUUAUGAUAGAGCAGAUGGCGAGGAUGCUGAUGUGGCAAAGGAAAUAAGGGAAGAAGAGGCAGCAGCCAUGGCAGAGAUAGGUGAGAGAGAGGCUGAAAACACUGCUCCAGAAACUAAGGAAGCGCACAGAUUCUUUCCCCCAGGAAAGAUCAUGCAUAUUGUUACCUUUCAACAUGAUAGCUCAGAGAGUGAAGGUGAUUCCCCUUCCAGCAGCGAUUCAGAAAACACUCAGCCACAGGGGGAAGAUAAAGUUGGGAUUUUUGUCACCCCACGAUCUCUUUAUAGUAAAGUGAGGCUUUCUCAAACCAUGAUAAGUGAUCACUUCAUGCCUGUCUAUAGGAGACAGAUUGAAAAACUAAUUAAAGAACUGGAGCAAGAAGCAACUGAUGCUAACCAUUACUGCAGUGAGAAUUCAUUAUAGGUUCAUAAUCGUUUUGACACUUCCUUACAUACCUGAAAAAGAAAAAGAAAAUAGAAAGGUUUUUAAUUUCUCAAGGGCACUAUCACUUGCAUUCAAUUUUGUUGUGGCUUUUCAAGUGCAGUAGAAAAGUUUUAUGGUUGAAGCCAUUUGGCUUGUCAAUGGACCAGCUUGAUUGCACUUACAAAUAGUUUUCUUGGUAGCAAUUUUCCUCUGGGAAAUUUGGUCCUGGCCCCUUCUGUAAAUUAGUGUUUAGUUCGAAUUUAUUCUUUAAAAAAAAAAAUAAAAAAAUUCUCCCUCGUAUUUUAGUAAGGUGGCCUGUACCUAACUAUUAACCUUUGCUUAAUGACAUGCCUGUUCUUGUCAGUUUUACAUUAAAAUUUUUAAUAAAUUAGCAUUUUGUACCA